AUGGAGAAAGUGUGGUUCAAGCUGCGACAAGCCGACCAUCUUCCGCCCCCAGAGGACACUAUUCUUCUUGGUGACGGUGAUGAUUCGCAAGCGACUAUAUGCCUCGGCCACUUCAUUUCGGAUCUGAAGCACCUUGAUUUUCCUCUCAACCGUGGUUCUAUCUUGCCAUUCCCACGACGUAUGGUCGUAUAUCGCAAUUCUGUUCUCAACUUUACCUGGGAUGACAACAAAACAAACGCCCCGGGAAUCAACUUGGCUGCUGGUGCACCGGUACUUGCGGUCGCUGGAAUAGCCGCUGGAGCAAGCCUGCAGACUGCGUUUAUGCGAACUGUUGGGAACUAUGAAUCAUAUGAUAGGUUGGAUACAUAUACCGUGCAGCCAACCAAAGAUUACAUUGAAGAAUGUCUGGAUCAAGACAAGCUGAAAGGAUUCACAAAAGGGAAGGUAUCCUGGUCCAUGUUUAUGAUCACAGGCAUCAAGGUCGCUCGUGGUGGAAGAAGAGAGGUGCGGGAGGAAAAAGGUACAGUUGUUGACAUCGGACCAAAUCUAGAUGUCCCAGCGCUUGCUACUCUGAAAGCCACCGUGAACAACAAUCGGGCGUCGUCACAAGGUUAUUCUGGAGAGUAUCAAGGUGACUUCAUCUGGGCUAUUCGAUUGGCCAAAGUGCACAAAGGGCUUCUUAUGAGGGAUUGGUCUGUCGCUGCGCAUAGCAAGCGGGCCACGUUUACCUUUGGAGAUGGAGAGGCAGACGUCGACGGUGCUUUGACAGGUGAAGGACUCGAAGAUUUCGAGAUUAUUGAUGAUGGUGCUUUGGAUGAAGCCAUUGUAUUACACAGGCAUGUCAUCCAGUAG